AUGCUGGCUAACCUCAGCCUGUCUGACUGCUACACACUGCAUUCCAACAAAACACAACAAGAACGAGAAGAAAUCAUGCUUCAGAGCGCCAAAGACAAUCUGGCAACAUACUUCGCGUUUUUUGGAAUCACGGAGAACAUGAAAGAUAGUCAAAGUUUGUUUGAAAAAAAAUUUAACGGUCUCAAAUUUACCAAACAGAUGGUCAACAAAAGAUCCCGUUCGGCAAAUUAUGUGACGUUGUCUGAAAAACACUGGGCGCUGAUUGUAGAAAAGAACCAUUUAGACGUUCGUUUGUAUCAGUAUGCAAAAGAUUUGUUCCUUCAGCGAUUAGAAUUGGUGAACAUUACUGCACAUCGAGAGGAUGAUGAUACUGUAAUUGUCCAGGAUGAUUUUAACUUUAUUACUGUUAAGGAGAUGUGA